CCGAAAACCCCUCACCAAAACUGCAUCGCGUAUCUGUGACACAGUGUGGGCCGGAAAGGGGAGCUGCUCGCGGCUCACCGCCGCCCAGCGCUGUAAUUGCUUUCUCGAUUCCAACCCAAAAUAAACUUUCUGGUGAAAGAGGGGGAAAAAAAGAAGCCAGUUUGGAGUGCGCGAGUUGAAACGAAGCAGCUCCGUGGAGUUGAAGAUGUCAGACCUAGACAGACAAAUAGAACAGCUUAAGAGAUGCGAGCCAUUGAAGGAGUCCGAGGUAAAGUCUCUUUGUCUCAAGGCCAUGGAAAUCCUCGUUGAAGAAAGCAACGUUCAGAGAGUCGACGCCCCUGUCACUAUAUGUGGUGAUAUCCAUGGGCAGUUUUAUGACAUGAAAGAGCUUUUCAAUGUUGGUGGAGAGUGCCCAAAGACUAAUUAUUUGUUUCUAGGAGACUUUGUUGACAGAGGAUUUUACUCUGUGGAGACAUUUCUGCUUAUGCUCGCUCUUAAGGUGAGGUAUCCUGAUCGCAUAACAUUAAUCAGAGGUAACCAUGAGAGCCGCCAAAUCACACAGGUUUAUGGAUUCUAUGACGAAUGCCUUCGGAAAUAUGGCUCAGUUAACGUAUGGAGAUAUUGCACAGAUGUCUUUGAUUACUUAAGCCUGUCAGCUCUAAUUGAGAACAAUGUAUUUUGUGUUCAUGGUGGUCUUUCUCCUAAUAUAAAUACAAUAGACCAGAUUAGAAUAAUCGACCGAAAGCAAGAAGUGCCACAUGAUGGUCCGAUGUGUGAUCUACUAUGGUCUGAUCCUGAAGACAUCGUUGAUGGUUGGGGUUUGAGUCCUCGAGGUGCGGGUUUCCUUUUUGGAGGCGGUGCUGUCUCAACAUUCAACCACACAAACAAUGUAGACUAUAUAUGCCGUGCUCACCAGUUAGUAAUGGAAGGAUAUAAGUGGAUGUUUAGUAAUCAGAUAGUCACUGUUUGGUCUGCUCCGAACUAUUGCUACAGAUGUGGGAAUGUUGCAGCAAUUCUUGAGCUCGAUGAGAAUCUCAACAAGCAGUUCCGUGUAUUUGAAGCAGCUCCUCAGCAAGAAACAAGAGGGCCUCCCGCGAAAAAACCACCACCUGAUUACUUUCUGUAGAUCAAGAUUAAAGGGGCUUAUAUUAUUUAUCAUCAGAUGCAAUUGAUCUGAUUGGUUGGAUGGGCUUUGUAUGACACCAUAAGGUAAUCGAUGGAUUGAGCUACUCAAGUUUGUUCAAUUGCAAGCAUGUUGCCUGGAAGAGUUUAUCUUUCAUUUCUGCGUUCUUUAUGAAAUUCCAGUAACGUGAUACCUUUGGGUGUUGAUGUGUUGUUAUAUACAGAGUAGCAUUCUUCUUCGUCUAGUACAGAAAAUGAAUUGUUAACUCUGAAUGUACGAAUAUCUACAUUUGAAUUUCAUAGGAACUUUUUUCUUUUUUGCAGUUUUAAUUAAUUUGAUACUAUGUAAAGGUAUUUGGCACCAAAGUUAUUAUCCUAAUUUGUACGAGUAGUGUAUUAAAAAAAAAGUUUUUCU